AUGACGGUUGCAACCUGGAACCGACUCUGUCCCGAUGGCCGUCUCCGCCCUGCGCACACGCGUCUCGACGCCCGACUUUCCGCACUAGGCAUCACCGCCUCCAACGCCUUCGGACUGCAUCUUUCCGAAAAAGAGGUAGACAUGGUCUUCCAGCCCGCUGCGAGACGGCUGACGAUUGGUCGCGAGUGGGACGACCUCGUCUCCGCUGUCAUGGCCAUGACUGCUUACCGCGGCCGCGCAAGGCCAGAUCGGUAUACGACGCUGCCAGCUCCCAACAUGGCACCGAUCGCUACGCGCUGGGAAAGAAGAUGA